CUGUUUUUUGACACAUUAUGCGAUACCGGCGCGAAAAGCCAAUAAUCUGUUGAUGAUAAUCUAGCUACAUGAUUGCAUUUUGUUAGGAGUGAUAAUUUAUAAUACUGUUGUCAAACACUUUUGAAAAUGCCAGAAUCACAAGUGAACGAAGGUGCUUCCGGUUCUGGAACUACUAAGGAAAGCAGCUCAAAUAAAAAGAAAAGCUUACCAUGGAUCGAAAAAUAUCGUCCACAACGGUUUGAGGAAAUUGUUGGCAACGAGGACACUGUUAGCCGAUUGGGUGUGUUCGCUACUCAAGGAAAUGCACCUAAUAUUAUAAUAGCCGGCCCGCCAGGUGUUGGUAAAACUACUACAAUCCUUUGUUUGGCACGUAUACUUUUGGGGGAAAAUUUCCGAGAAGCAGUGCUGGAACUGAAUGCCUCAAACGAGCGAGGUAUCGAUGUCGUUCGUAACAAAAUCAAAAUGUUCGCCCAGCAGAAGGUGACUCUUCCACGAGGCCGUCACAAGAUUGUUAUCCUAGACGAAGCAGACAGUAUGACGGAAGGAGCUCAGCAAGCUCUACGAAGGACUAUGGAAAUCUACAGCAACACUACACGUUUUGCGCUGGCUUGUAAUACGAGCGAGAAAAUUAUCGAACCCAUUCAGUCCCGUUGCGCAAUGUUGCGCUUUUCGAAACUAUCCGAUUCUCAGAUUCUAGCGAAAUUGAUCGAGGUUUGCCAGAAGGAAGAAUUAAGCUACGACGAAGACGGCCUGGAAGCGAUAGUAUUCACGGCACAAGGAGACAUGAGACAGGCCCUGAAUAAUCUACAGUCCACUGCAAACGGGUUUGGUCACAUUAGCGGAUCAAAUGUUUUCAAAGUUUGCGAUGAGCCUCAUCCGAUGCUGGUGCAGGAUAUGCUCGAACAUUGCAUCAAAGGAGAUAUUCACAAGGCUUACAAAAUCAUGGCCAAGCUGUGGCGUCUGGGUUAUGCUGCCGAGGACAUUAUCGGGAACGUUUUCCGGGUUUGCAAAAGGAUGAACAUGAACGAGAAACUGAAGCUUUGCUUCAUUCGUGAGAUCGGAGAAACUCACAUGAAAAUAGUGGAUGGAUUGAACUCACUGCUGCAGAUGUCCGGACUGCUGGCAAAACUCUGUGAAGUGUCGUAUGAUUAUGCGUGA